AUGGACAUACUCAUGUGGAGAGGACUUUUCCCCAGACAGAUGCUACUGUCUUUACUGUUCUGGGGUCUUCUCCUCUUUGGGGAAAAAGCAAACGGCAUGUCCCCAGAGCCUCGCAUAGCGGGGGGCUGGGCUGCCCAGAGGGCCCAGUGGCCAUGGCAGGUGAGCGUCCAGGAGCAAGGCCAGCACGUGUGUGGUGGCUCCCUCAUUGGCCACCAGUGGGUACUGACUGCUGCCCAUUGUGUGUCCAGCUCUCUGAAAUCCCAGGACCUGCAGAUCCAACUGGGGGAGCAGUUCCUCUACACUAAGACCCGCUAUUCCACCUUAGUCCCUGUGAGUCAGAUACUACUGCACCCUCAUUAUGAUGGGGAUGCCCUUCAUGGAAAAGACAUUGCAUUGUUGAAGAUCAGACAACCUGUGCCCUUCUCCAAAUUCAUCCAGCGAAUCACCCUGGCCCCACCUGGGACUCAGUGCUGGGUGACCGGCUGGGGGAAUAUCAGGGAAAAUGUGCCCCUGCCUCAGUCCUAUGCACUGCAAGAGACAGACGUGUACAUUGUGGACACACAGAUGUGCCGAGUCCUCUAUGAUCCAGAGCCCAUUGGGAACGAGAUGCUGUGUGCUGGCUAUCCGGGGGAGCGUAAGACCUUCUGCAGUGGUGACUCUGGAGGCCCUCUUGUCUGUCAACUUAGAAACAGGAGAUGGGUCCAGGUGGGUGUGGUGAGCUUCAUCAGAAGCUGUGCUGAACCACUACUUCCAGGUGUAUACUCCAAGGUUUCCUCCUAUGUCCCCUGGAUCCGUCAGUAUGUACCUCAGCCCUGA